AUGGCUCGCUCAAGCAUACGUCGGCAGAGAAAGGUUGAUAGGCGACGAUUCCGAAACAAAGAUCCCAAAAAGAAAGAAAAGGCAGACAGGGAGAGAUACCGACGGCAGAAAGAAAGCCUCUUCAUCCGAGCAAACCAAUUGUUUUUGGAUGGGACCGAGAUCGGGCACAAUCGCUAUGUCUACGUGUGCAUCAAGGACUGCAAAGGCACGGGGCCGGGAAAAUACCAUACAUAUAGCUCCCACUGGACGAGCUCAUGGCCGCCGCACAGGCAGGAUGUGGAGCAGCAUUUCCCACUGACCCAGUUCUACUCGCCUGAGGACUUUGAGAGUGAUGAGCCAAACGAAAAGGCUGGGAAGAGCCCAGAACCAAAUCAGCAUCUGAGGCCUCGACAAAAGCGGUUCAAGAUCUCCACCCCACCAUCACUCGACCUCAACGCAAUCAUUGAUGAGUCAUCGAGCUGUGGCGCCUAA